AAAUUCGGCUGGUUGAGACUCGCCGUGAUAAUGGUUGCAAUUGCACCUGUCACUGGUCAAGUGGAAGCAUGAGCGGUGUGUCCGUGGUGCCCUACACGCUGGCGCCGGCGUCCGGGGCCGGGUCAAAGCCGUCCAAGAAGCGGAAGAAACGCUCGAAUUCCAGCGCUAGUGGUGCAGAUGCGGAUGCGAGCUCGUCGAUGGCCAACUCCGGCUGGACAAAAGUGGACAUCGAGGAUAUGCAGCUUGAGGGUUUCCAGGAUGGCUGCGCCUUCGAGCUGGAGGAGCUGACAGACUAUCGUGUGGAGACUACGGAGGAUGGUGGUAAGAUGCUGGUCGGAGAAGCCAAGAGCCAACAAGAGGGCGGAAAGAAGAAGAAACGUAGGAAAUCAAAGGCAACGAAACCAGAACUGGUGAAGGAUGUCGAGACGAAGGAGGAAGAACAGGAACAGACGAAGCGACAGGAUAGUGGAGAAGAUGUUUCGAAGAAGAACAAGAAGAAGAAAAACCGCGGUGGCAAGGCUAAGAAGGAGCUGGAGCAGGUGGAGACAGUCGCUUUGAAAGACGUAAAUCUGCCCAAGUGGAAUAAGUUUAAGCUGCAUCCACUGCUGAUGCAGUCACUGCAGACAUGUGGCUUCACUGCUCCAACACGCAUUCAGGAACGCACGUUGCUGCCAGCACUAGUAGACAACCGAGAUGUGGUUGGUGCAGCACCGACAGGUUCCGGUAAGACAUUGGCAUUUGGCCUCCCGAUCUUGAGCCAGCUGCUGCAUGAACGCGAGCAACCAGGAUACACUAAAGACUGCAAGGCGCUGAUUCUAACUCCAACACGCGAACUUGCUAUCCAGAUCCAGCAACAUCUCGAGAAGAUGGUGCGGAACCGAGAGAUCGGUGUGGUUACGUUGGUGGGCGGUAUGGCUGUGCAGAAGCAGAAGAGAAUUCUCAGUUACAGACCUGAAAUUGUCAUCGGUACCCCUGGUCGUCUUUGGGAUAUCAUUGAGGCGAAUCAUGAACACAUGCAGGAUCUGGCUACCACACUGCGCUUCUUGGUUGUGGAUGAGGCGGAUCGUAUGCUGCAGCCUGGAUCGUACCCGGAAUUGGAGAAGAUCUUCGAUGUGCUGCGUCGUAAGAGCAAAUCUACGUCUUCUGAACUGUCUAACCUCUCGGACAGCGAAGAAGAUGAAGAGGAAAGAGAGGACGAGGAUAACGAUGAAGAUGAUGGCGAGGAUAUCGAUAUGUCCAAGUUCGCAAGUGGCUCGAAGGUUUUGAUGCUUGAUGAUGUGCUCAAGAUGCAACGUAAGCAGCAAGACAAGGAAGAGAAGACUAAGGGGAAUGAGAAGGCAGCGAAGACCAAGGCUAAGGGUGAAGCCGUGACUCCGCGACAUGUACGCCAGACAUUCCUGUUCUCCGCUACGCUGACGAUUCCUGAAGGCGGUCGCUUCCAGAAGAGCAAGACCAAGAAGUACCGUAAUGCGCUGAGUGUUCUGGAGCGAGUCAUGAAGCGUGUGGGUCUUCGUGGAAAGCCUGCUGUUGUGGAUCUCAGUAUCGCAGAGCCUGACAUGGGUAUCCCUGGAGCAAAGCCGAUUAUCUCGGAAGAAGUUGAGCGUAAGAUGAAGAAACAACAGGAGAAUGUGGCGUUGUCUCUGCCUGCAGGUCUCGAGCUCUGUCAGCACGAAGUGACGGAGUCUACUCGCGAUAGUUUCCUGUACUACUUCCUCACACAAUACCCUGGCCGAACCAUCAUCUUCUUGAACGCUAUUCAUCAAGUCCGGAAACUUACGGGCCUAUUGAAUCUGCUCAACCUCCCCGUGUUUGCCUUACAUGCUGAGAUGCAGCAACGUCAGCGUUUGAAGAAGUUGGAUGGCUUCCGUUCACAUGCUAAGGGUAUUCUGGUGGCGACGGACGUUGCAGCGCGUGGUCUGGAUAUCCCUAGUGUGGACUACGUCGUCCACUACCAUAUUGCUCGCUCCACGGAGGUUUUCGUGCAUCGUAGUGGUCGUACCGCUCGUGCGAACAAGGACGGUCUCAGUAUUUCGCUGGUGUCUCCCACUGAUGCCAAGUAUCACACGCAGAUCUGUAAAAUGCUGCAGCGACCCACUGGACUGUCAGACUUCCCUUUCGACCAUCGGUAUAUGGAGGCGAUUGACGAGCGUAUGCGUCUUGCCAAGAGUAUCAACGAGCAGGAGAACGCUGCUGGCAAGCUCAAGUCGGAGGCAACGUGGUUCGAGCAAAUGGCUGCUGCUGCUGACUUGGAUAUGGACGAGGAUUUGUUGUUCGAGUUAGGAGCCAAGCAGCGAAACCAGGAUGGCAAGAAGAGGAAGACAGCCAAUCAGCCGGUGCAGUCGCUACGUGCUCAACUGAGUCGUUUGCUUGCUGCUCCUCUGCGUCCAGUGGGCUCUGCUCGUAAAUUCCGGCAGCUACACAAGGAACUAGGGUCUCAGAUCACCGGUGACGGCGAGUACCGUGCUCGUGACGCCAAUGAAGACCUGGCAUCUAAGGGUAAGAAGUCGUACAAGCGCUUCCGCCGAAGGAAAUAGGGGGAAACGAGCUUAUGUAGCUUGUUGAAUAGCGACGAAAUAGAGUUCGGUUACGGUAUUCGGUAUGCUUGCAUCUGUAACCGUGAAGCCAUGUGUGUAAUGAGUGC